GCGGGUUGGGUAGGGUUGGCGGCCCGCCCCGGGGCCUCUUCAAGACCUCUGGAAGGCAGAAAAGGCUCGACGGGGUCGUUGUCGUCUCACGUCCAGAACCCAGUUCCCCGCGUCUCCCGUGUGGCAGCCCGGGACCCGCGGGCGUCGGGCGUGUGGCGGGCCUGGUCAAGGCGGGACCGCUUUAGCGCCAGCCCCCAUCACCGCCCCCGCGCCUUCCAGAAGAGCGAAACUCUGGUUGGCUUGCUUUCCAAGCAUACUUUGCUGCUUCCAUUUUAAAAAGUCUCGACCUCCCACCGCCAGGCUCCAUCCCGAGAACAACGAGGCUGUGAGUGUUUGGGAACCAGGCCCAGUCGGCGGCCUCAGUCCGGGCGUCCCACCUCUGCACAACCCGUCGGGCGCCGGGGCUCGGGCAGCACGCGGAGAUGAGGAGCAGGAGCAAUUCCGGAGUCCGCUUGGAUGGAUACGCGCGGCUGGUACAGCAAACCAUCCUGUGCUACCAGAAUCCGGUCACAGGGCUGCUGUCAGCCAGUCACGAACAGAAGGACGCCUGGGUGCGGGAUAACAUCUACAGCAUUCUGGCCGUGUGGGGCCUGGGCAUGGCCUACCGCAAGAAUGCCGACCGCGACGAGGACAAGGCCAAAGCCUACGAGCUGGAGCAGAACGUGGUGAAACUGAUGCGGGGUCUUCUCCAGUGCAUGAUGAGACAGGUACAUAAAGUGGAGAAGUUCAAGCACACUCAGAGUACCAAGGACAGCCUGCACGCCAAGUACAACACCGCCACCUGCGGCACCGUGGUGGGUGACGACCAGUGGGGCCACCUCCAGGUGGAUGCCACCUCCCUCUUCCUCCUGUUCCUGGCCCAGAUGACGGCCUCCGGUUUACGUAUUAUUUUCACCCUUGACGAGGUGGCCUUCGUACAGAAUCUUGUUUUUUACAUAGAAGCUGCAUAUAAAGUCGCUGAUUAUGGAAUGUGGGAGCGUGGAGAUAAGACUAAUCAGGGCAUUCCGGAAUUGAACGCAAGCUCUGUAGGAAUGGCCAAGGCAGCCCUUGAGGCAAUUGACGAACUGGACCUCUUUGGAGCCCAUGGAGGACGCAAGUCAGUGAUCCACGUGCUGCCUGAUGAUGUCGAACACUGCCAGUCUAUUCUGUUCUCCAUGCUGCCAAGAGCAUCAACGUCUAAGGAGAUUGACGCUGGACUUCUUUCCAUUAUCUCUUUCCCGGCCUUUGCAGUGGAAGAUAUGAACCUUGUGAAUGUGACCAAAAAUGAAAUUAUUUCCAAGCUCCAGGGGCGUUAUGGAUGCUGUCGCUUCCUUCGAGACGGUUAUAAAACCCCAAGAGAGGACCCAAACCGAUUGCAUUAUGACCCUGCUGAACUCAAGCUCUUUGAAAACAUUGAAUGUGAAUGGCCUGUGUUCUGGACAUAUUUCAUAAUAGAUGGGGUCUUCAACGGUGACGCCGUUCAGGUCCAAGAGUACCGAGAGGCCCUGGAGGGAAUAUUAAUCAGAGGCAAGAACGGGAUCCACCUGGUGCCAGAACUGUAUGCCAUCCCACCUAACAAGGUAGAUGAAGAGUAUAAGAACCCCCACACGGUGGACAGAGUUCCUCUGGGGAAGCUGCCCCAUCUGUGGGGUCAGUCCUUGUACAUCCUCAGCUCACUGUUGGCAGAGGGAUUCCUUGCCACUGGGGAAAUUGAUCCCCUAAAUAGAAGAUUUUCCACUUCCGUCAAACCUGAUGUCGUAGUGCAAGUCACCGUUCUGGCAGAAAACAACCACAUUAAGGACUUGUUGAGGAAACAUGGGGUAAACGUCCAGAGUAUUGCUGACAUUCAUCCAAUCCGAGUCCAGCCAGGCCGGAUUCUUAGUCACAUAUAUGCCAAGCUUGGACGGAAUAAGAACAUGAAAUUGAGUGGGCGGCCAUAUCGGCACAUUGGCGUGCUUGGAACAUCUAAGCUAUAUGUGAUUAGGAACCAGAUCUUUACUUUUACACCCCAGUUUACCGACCAGCAUCAUUUCUACCUGGCCCUGGACAAUGAGAUGAUCGUGGAGAUGCUGAGGAUCGAACUGGCCUACCUGUGCACCUGCUGGCGGAUGACGGGCAGACCCACGCUCACCUUCCCCAUCACCCACACCAUGCUCACAAAUGAUGGUUCAGACAUUCAUUCUGCAGUUCUUUCUACAAUUAGAAAACUAGAGGAUGGAUAUUUUGGAGGAGCCAGAGUAAAAUUAGGGAGCCUUUCGGAAUUUCUUACCACGUCUUUCUACACAUAUCUGACCUUCCUGGAUCCAGACUGUGAUGAGAAGUUGUUUAAUGAUGACAGCGAAGGGAGCUUCAGUCCUGAUUCCGACUUGGGAGGAUAUUUGGAAGAUACCUAUAAUCAAGUUACAGAAAGCGAGGAUGAACUUGACCAGUAUAUCAACCACCUCCUCCAAAGCACCUCCUCCAAGUGCUAUCUGCCCCCUCUUUCUAAGAAGACAGAAGACAGCCAUGUUUUCAGUGCCAUCCACUCCACUCGGGAUAUACUUUCCGUGAUGGCAAAAGCAAAGGGUUUGGAAAUUCCAUUUGUUCCCAUGACUUUGCCAACUAAAGUUCUAAGUACCCACCGUAAAUCACUAAAUCUUGUUGAUUCUCCUCAGCCACUCCUAAACAAGGCCCCCGAAGACGACUUCCAGUGGCCCAGAGAUGACCAUGGUGAUGUGGACUGUGACAAGCUGGUUGAGCAGCUGAAAGAUUGUUCAAACCUACAGGACCAAGCAGACAUUCUGUACAUUCUGUAUGUAAUAAAGGGCCCCAGCUGGGACACAAAUCUCUCCGGACAGCACGGGGUCACCGUUCACAACCUCCUCAGCGAGCUCUAUGGGAAAGCUGGCUUGAACCAGGAGUGGGGUUUGAUUCGCUACAUCUCUGGCCUGCUCCGGAAGAAAGUGGAGGUCCUGGCAGAGGCCUGCACGGACCUGCUGUCGCACCAGAAGCAGCUCACAGUGGGCCUGCCACCAGAGCCCCGGGAGAAGACCAUCUCUGCGCCCCUGCCCCCCGAGGAGCUCACAAAGCUCAUCUACGAAGCCAGCGGGCAGGACAUCAGCAUCGCCGUCCUCACACAGGAGAUUGUGGUUUACCUGGCCAUGUACGUCAGGGCGCAGCCCAGCCUCUUCGUGGAGAUGCUCAGACUGCGGAUUGGACUGAUCAUUCAGGUGAUGGCCACGGAGCUGGCACGGAGCCUGAACUGCUCAGGAGAAGAAGCUUCUGAAAGUUUGAUGAACCUCAGCCCUUUUGACAUGAAAAACCUUCUGCACCAUAUUCUGAGUGGAAAAGAAUUUGGCGUUGAAAGAAGCGUGCGACCCAUCCAUUCCUCCACAUCCAGCCCUGCCAUCUCCAUCCAUGAGGUGGGACACACGGGAGUCACCAAAACCGAGAGGAGUGGCAUUAACAGGCUGAGGAGCGAGAUGAAACAGAUGACUAGGCGAUUUAGUGCUGAUGAACAGCUCUUUUCUGUGAGCCAGGCCGUGGCCAGCAGUGCACAUUCCUCCAAGUCUGCGAGAUCCAGCACCCCAUCCUCGCCCACUGGCACAUCAUCGUCAGACUCUGGCGGGCAUCACAUCGGCUGGGGGGAGCGGCAGGGCCAGUGGCUACGCAGGAGGAGGCUGGACGGAGCCAUCAACAGGGUCCCCGUGGGAUUCUACCAGAAGGUGUGGAAGAUCCUUCAGAAGUGCCAUGGUCUGUCCAUCGACGGUUAUGUGCUCCCGUCCUCAACGACAAGAGAGAUGACCCCACAGGAGAUCAAGUUCGCCGUGCACGUUGAGUCGGUGCUGAACCGCGUGCCGCAGCCCGAGUACCGGCAGCUGCUGGUGGAGGCCAUCAUGGUGCUGACGCUGCUCUCAGACACGGAGAUGAACAGCAUCGGGGGCAUCAUCCACGUGGACCAGAUCGUGCAGAUGGCCAACCAGCUGUUCCUACAGGACCAGAUGUCAAUUGGAGCCACGGAUACCCUGGAGAAAGACCAAGUCACUGGCAUUUGCCACUUCUUUUACGACAGCGCUCCGAGUGGGGCUUAUGGGACAAUGACCUACCUGACAAAGGCAGUGGCUUCCCAUUUGCAGGAACUGCUGCCCAAUUCAGGCUGCCAGAUGCAGUAGGGCCUCAGUGCUCUGAGUCUGUCCCUCGCUCCCUAGCCUCGUCGGGAACAUCCUGUUCUCCAGGAUCCCCGGUGUGGUCACAAAACCACGUCCCUUCAGAAACCCUGGAAGCCACCGACCUAAAACCAGUGUGUGUCUAAGCCACAGAGCCGACGGAUCGUGUGUCCCCACAGGGAGCACCAUGGGGUCGCUGUCUAGGUUCGCUUCCCUGUGACGUUUGCCAGAACAGACUCCAAGAGACCAGAUGAGGAGGAAUUAGAAACUGGUCUCUUUUGAGUGCAGUGUGAACGGAGAGGCCAGCUUAAAUUGGCUUUCACCGAGAGUUCCCGAAAGCAGUCAGGUGGUCAGAUAUGCUAGUGACACCUCCAAGGAUGGGAAGAUCUUCGAGCAGCGGGCGUCUGACGAGCGGACCUUGACAAGGGGGACAUCUUAACAGGAUGUGGCCUGUGGACCAAACUGUUUACCAAAUACAGCAACUCUGUCUUUCUGUGCAACUUUGGUUUUCUUAUGCCUUGCUUUCUUUCUAGGCCUCUCGUUUUACUGGCACGGCUACCUUUGCGUGACAGUCCUCUCUUGCCGAGAUUUAGAAGAGUGUUCACAGUUAACUUUGGCUUGUGGUCUUCAAGGAUUUUAUCCUGGCUGCUUAUGAAUUAGAGAUUUCUUCUGCCUUAUUUAAAAAAAAAAUCUGGAAUAUAGCAAAAAAAAAAAAAGGGGGGGGCCAAGAGGUGCCAGCACUUCUAGCUGGGCCAACUGUUGUUUGGGGGCUGGAGCAGCAGGGAGUCCCUCUGGAAGGCCUGUGCCCCCCCCUACCUCCACAUAGGGUGACAGCCCUGGCAGGCAAGCGGGGAGCCACACGAGGAGUACACGGUGCCCGAUGCCAUUUGUGCUGCCGCACAGGCAGUGCUUCUGUCUUAGCGGAGAGCCAGGCUGGCGACUCGAGCCCUUCUCGUGGGAGCGUUUUCCUCUUAGCUCCCAGGUA